GUCGAACCCUCCGUUUCCGUGUCAAGUGAAGCCACUUGAAUUGAAAACGCUCAUGCUACUUUAGCUGAACAGUAUUGUUCUCCUUAGACUCGUCUUCAUUGCAUACCACUCCAUUUCCUCACGAGCUGAAGUACAAGCUGCAGGCAUUUUGGAAAUGGAUGGAAUUCUCGCAGUCGUCGCGUUCUCUGUGAUCAUCGGAGCUUCGAUCGCGUUCCUGGCGUUCGGCAACUAUUUCCGGAAGAGGAAAUCUGAAAUUCAAUCCAUUGCGACGCCAGAAACUCGUAACCUGAACCCGAAGCCUGUUUCGAAGACCGCGGUUGUGAAGAAGCCCCAGCACAAAUCUCACUCGCACUCUCAUGCAGCCGAUAAAGAUGCUAAUAGGAAGCAUCAUCAUUUGGAUUUGAAUACUUUGAAAGGGCAUGGAGACGCUGUUACAGGUCUUUGUUUUUCGCCUGAUGGCCGGAGCUUAGCAACUGCUUGUGGAGAUGGUGUUGUCAGGGUUUUCAGGUUGGAUGAUGCCUCAAGCAAAAGUUUCAAGUUUCUGAGAAUUAGCCUGCCUGCUGGAGGUCAUCCAACUGUGCUUUCUUUUGCUGGUGACGCAUCAUCUGUAGUGGUGGCCUCCCAUGCGCUAUCAGGAUCAUCCCUUCAUAUGUAUGAUGAUGAAAAACCUAAAUCAGCUGGCGAGCAAAAGCAGCAGAGCAAGCUGCCUCUCCCUGAAAUCAAAUGGGAACAUCACAAAGUUCAUGAUAAGAGGGCUAUAAUCACUCUGGCUGCGACCAAGGCAACUUAUGGCAGUGCUGAUGGGAGUACAAUUGUUUUGUCUUGCUCUGAAGGCACUGAUAUUAUGCUCUGGCACGCAAAAACUGGGAAGGUGUUGGGUCAUGUUGAUACAAAUCAGCUUAAAAAUACAAUGGCCACCAUUUCUCCAAAUGGUCGUUUUAUUGCAGCUGCUGCAUUUACUGCUGAUGUUAAGGUCUGGGAAAUUGUGUAUUCAAAAGAUGGUUCAGUGAAGGAGAUUGUGAAAGCCAUGCAGCUCAAAGGUCACAAGAGUGCUGUAACUUGGCUUUGCUUUGGUCCAAAUUCAGAAUACAUUAUCACAGCGUCUAAGGAUGGUACAAUAAGAACAUGGAAUAUCAAUGUUCGGUAUCAUCUGGACGAGGACCCAAAGACUUUGAAGGUGUAUCCGAUUCCACUUCAUGAUGCAAGUGGCACUACUUUGCAUUAUGAUCGUCUCAGCCUAUCUUCUGAUGGUAAAAUACUGGCGGCGACUCAUGGUUCAACGUUGCAAUGGCUGUGUGCUGAGACGGGACAGAUUUUGGAGACUGCUGAAAAGGCCCAUGAUGGUGAUAUUACGGACAUGGCAUGGGCGCCUGCAUCUAUUCCAUUGGAAAAUAAGCCCGUGCCUGUCUUGGCUACGGCCAGCACCGACAAGAAAGUCAAGCUGUGGGCAGCCCCACCACUUCAAUCCUCCUGAGAGAAAAAUGGCAACAUAAGUAAAAGAAAAAGAAGAAGAAGAAAAAAGAACAUCUUCAUCAAACUUGAGCUAGGCAUGGAUUUCUGAUCUCUGAAAGAGUUACUCGGUUGGAUAUGUAGUCUACAAAAUACUGAUCUCUGAAAGAGUUUGAACGGCGACCAGAGGAUCUUUGUUUCUCCUGUUUUUGCUUAUUUUCUUUUUAAUGGUUUGCUUUUAGAAAAAAAUUAUGAUCCGAGGAAUCCCUUUACUUCUGCAGUUUUAGAAUUUGUACUAAUUUUCUGUUUUAGCAUCUGAUGAGUGUAGUAAGAUCUAUACUAUAACUCCGGGAACAGGUUUUUUGAAUUCGAAUCCACCCCGGGUAUUUUCAUAUUUUGCAUUUUGACCACCAAAUGGAAAUGCUGGUAAUCAAACACAGUUUUGCAUUUGACCCACAAA